GGAAAGGUAAACCCUCUACCCAUAUUUUUGAUGUUGACUGACAAAGCCUUAUGAACGGCCAUCAGGUUGAUUCGCGCAUGUGUUCUAUAACAGCAAAGAUAGUUUCUUUCAAUUAUUUUAUUCACCCAUGUGAUUUCAUGAAAGCAUCCUGCUGUAUUUGACAUCAAAUAAACGGAAUUACACAACGUAGAAUACAUUUAUACUGAAAUCAAUUUCUCUUUCCGUCAGGUAUAUUUGAUCGAUUCUUUGUAAAUGGUGCGCCGGUCUGGUCGUAACCUAGCGAAGCUUUGGAAAUAUAACCGUGGUACCAUACGCUAAUUACCAACAACAGAAGGAAGACACCAAAGGGUCUACACAGAAUGAAACAUCUGAAACAGUCCUAUAUGCCCUGAAAUGGACCAACAUGUCCGAAGUGUGAAAAUGGAAGUACGAUUUCAUCAGUUAUGGAUCAUUACCUUAUAUCUGUACAUACACGCAUCUAGUUUCAUGUACACAGUGUCAGAGAGUGCUACAAUAUACAAUGAAGAUAUCGGAAAUUUGUCAUGUCACAAAUGUGAAGACAUAUUCAAACAAUGGGACCCCUACACCGUGUGUCAGAUCCAACCCAACACCACGCCGCUCGUGCCCUGUCUCAAGUCAGAGGUCUACUGCAUGGUGGAGCGAAUUUCUAUAAUGGGUCUGACAACUAGCAUCAAACGAGAGUGUGCAACCGAUUGUUUCUACGGCUGCAGAUCAAAAAACUUUGGAGUCACCACAGAUACGUGUACCUCAUGUUGCCAGACCACGGGAUGUAACACAGGCAAUGCAGCGGACGCUAUCAGUCAAUCAAAGUACUGUCUGCUUACGUCAUUUCCUAUUGUACUUUCAUUAAGACAUAUUCUGCAAUAAAUAUUUUUUUAUUCA